AUGGCAUCCACGGAGCCUGUCGAGGCUGAGCCGGAGUAUGAUGAGAUGGAAGAUGACAUGAUGGGGCCACUUCCCGUCUCCAAAAUGGAGGAGUUUGGCAUAUCCGCUGCGGACUGCAAGAAGCUGAAAGAGGCCGGCUACCAUACUCUUGAGAGCGUAGCAUUCACGCCCAAAAAGUCGCUUUUGCUAAUCAAGGGCAUGUCUGAACAAAAGGUGGAUAAGAUUCUUAGUGAGGCGGCCAAAUUAGUGCCGCUUGGUUUUACGACAGCGACAGAAUACCACCAGCGGCGCUCAGACCUCAUCACAAUCACUACAGGGUCACCCGCCCUGGACCUAGUUAUUGGUGGUGGCAUGGAGACGGGCAGCAUCACCGAAUUGUUCGGCGAGUUCCGAACAGGUAAGAGCCAAAUCUGUCAUACAUUGGCCGUGACAUGCCAACUUCCUGUGGAUAUGGGUGGUGGUGAAGGCAAGUGCAUGUACAUUGAUACGGAAUCGACCUUUCGUCCCGUACGUCUACUGGCUGUGGCGGAGCGUUUCGGACUAGACGGACAAGAGGUGCUUGACAAUGUCGCGUACGCACGUGCGUACAAUGCAGACCACCAGCUGGAUCUGCUCGUGCAGGCCGCGGCGAUGAUGGCAGAAUCGCGCUUUGCACUGCUUAUUGUGGACUCACUCACCUCGCUAUAUCGCACGGACUUUUCGGGACGUGGCGAACUGUCGGCGCGUCAGACGCACCUGGCCAAAUUCCUACGUACUCUUAUGCGUCUUGCAGAUGAGUUUGGUGUGGCUGUGGUGGUCACGAAUCAAGUCGUUGCGCAGGUCGACAACGCGGGAUUCGGUGGCAUGGAUACCAAGAAGCCCAUUGGAGGCAAUAUUGUCGCACAUGCUUCUACUACUCGUCUGUCUCUCCGCAAAGGUCGUGGCAAUCAACGUAUUUGCCGCGUCGUCGACUCGCCAUCGCUUCCAGAAGCAGAAGCUGUGUUUGCCAUUAAGCCAGAAGGCAUUGCAGACCCCGACGAUUAA